AUGGAUCCGUACGAAGCACUAGGCAUAGCGGUUGACGCAUCCCAGGAUGAUAUAAAGAAAGCGUACAGACGGCUAGCGCUCCAGCAUCACCCAGACAAAGUGGCGGAUGAAUCACUACGUGAAGAAAGCGAAAUUAAGUUUAAAGAAAUAGCGGCUGCCUAUGAACUCCUAAGCGAUGAAGACAAAAGACAAAACUAUGACACUUAUGGAGACGUCAAUGGGUACUCCAAUGGCUUCGAGAGUAGUUUCCAGGACGGGGACUUUUCUAGCUUUUUUGGGAGUUUCGCAAAUGACCGAUACAGAGACGACUACCAGGGUAGAUCGUCUCAUCGUGCUUCGCGCACUGCAGAUGCCCAUGUUGCACUGCGCUUAUCAAUGCAGGCACUUUAUAAUGGCAGAACUGUGCGGUUCCAAUCGAAACGUAAUGUGGUAUGCAAUCGUUGCGAAGGCUCUGGUAUUCGCAAACGGGCCCGUCAUGCGUCAAAUUGUUCUCAAUGUGAAGGUUCUGGUACGAAAGAGAGACUAAGGAGAGUCGGGCCGGGUUUUGUAACGCGAGAAAUUGUCCAGUGCGAUAAAUGUAAAGGGCUGGGCAAGAAUCUGCGAUCGGACGAUUUGUGCAAAAAAUGCCACGGUAAGAGGAUUACACCGGAGACAAAGGACCUGAAUGUGUAUGUUCCGCGUGGAUCUCGUCACAACGAUAAAGUCGUCCUAAAGGGCGAAGCUGACGAAGAACCUGGAAAAAUUUCUGGUAAUCUCGUGUUUGACAUAAUUGAAGAUAGCACCACAAGUAAACUUGAGCGUCGCGGAUCAGAUCUCUAUUCGAAAAUGACCAUUUCUCUCUCUGAUGCACUAUGUGGUUUUGAAAAAGACGUAUGUGUGCACUUAGAUGAGCGUGUGAUAAGAUUAAAAAUACCUACCGGUCAGGUAAUAAGACCGGGAAACUUCUUCUGCAUAAAAAACGAAGGUUGGCCACUGGACGAUCAAGGAAGCAAAUUUGGCGACAUGUAUGUUCAAGUCACCAUUGAAUUUCCACCAGAUAAUUGGUUCAGCGAAAGAAAUGACCUUCAAACAUUGCGCAACUUGUUGCCGGAAGCCGAAUCGUCCUCGAACGCAUCUAGUGCUCAAAAAAAUACUACAGAUCCCGUCAACACAGAGUUCCCAACAGAUUACAGUGUUUUAGAAAAUGCGGAUAAGCUCCCAACUUAUUUACCCGAAGAACCUGAACAAGAAGGGCCACAAUGUGCCCAACAGUAA